GAAAUAAGAAGAGAAAAGAAAACUGUUUAAUCACCCAUCAUCCCCUGUUCGUGUUCCUCCAAAUCCAAAACCCUAGAAACAACCACAAUUUCAACUCUCUUCACUUCACUUCACUUCUCUUCUCUUCUCUUCUACCUAUUUGUACACUUCACACUCCUCCCAGAAUUCCCCUCUUUGUUAUGUGUCUCUGAUUCUAUUCUCUUUGUUGUGGAACCCUUCAUUUCCCUAACAUUUUGUUACAUUUUCAUCUCAACUUUCAUGGGAGAGACCAACAAACGACGUCUCUCCGACCAUACCCACCAACGCAGUAAGAAGCAUCUACCUUCAUCUUCCCCUUCUUCUGCUACUCCAUCUCCCAUUCCUUCAAACUCACUUUCUCAUCAAACACAUUUCCACAAUCCCUCUCCCCAACCACCCCACAAGAAUUCGACCCCACAUUUUCUUUCCUAUCUCGAUUUCCCUAAUUUGCCUUUUAAGAUCAAAUUAAUGUGUGAAAUCAUCGCCAAUUCCCCUUCUCUCAACGUUGAAAAGGCUUUGGAAGACACUGGCAUUCAUGUUACUCAAGAAGAUGUUGAGGAGGUUCUCAAAUUAUCUUACAGCUUCCCAGGUUCCUCUGUCAAAUUCUUCCGGUGGUCCGGCCGCAAACUCAACGACCAACACAGCCCCUAUGCUUGGAAUUUGAUCAUCGACAUGUUGGGUAAGAAUUUAUAUUUCGACCCAAUGUGGGAUGCUAUUAAGUCCAUGAAGUCAGAAGGGUUGCUUUCUUUGGCCACUUUUGCUUCUGUGUUCAGUAGUUAUGUUGUUGCUAAUCGUGUUAAGGAUGCCAUUAUGGCUUUUGAGGUUAUGGAUACUUAUGGUUGUCCUCACGAUGUAGUUGCAUUGAAUUCCCUUCUAAGUGCUAUUUGUAGGGAUGGAAACACUAAGGAUGCAGAUGAGUUUUUGCAAAUAGCUAAGCGAAAAAUUAGGCCUGACCCUGAUUCUUAUGCCAUUGUAUUAGAAGGGUGGGAAAGUGAAGGAAAUACAGUCUGUGCCAAGCAAACUUUUGGAGAGAUGAUUGAGGAGAUUGGUUGGGAUCCCACCAAUACCCCUGCCUAUAAUUCUUUUUUGUGUGUAUUGUUGAGGGAUCCCAAUGGGCUACAACGGGCAUUAGUGACCUUCGAAAGAUUAAAGGAUAAGAUGUGCUAUCCAGGAUUUAAAUUUUUCAAGCUUGCGCUUGAUGAGUGCGUAAAGUGUGGCGACAUCAAAGCGGGGAAGUAUCUUUGGAAUGAAAUCAUACAGUGUAUUAAUUUUCAGCCUGAUACAUAUAUGUUCAAUUCAAUGAUAGCUCUUUGUUGUCAUCAAAAUGAUACUGAUGAAGCAAGAAGGCUGUUAGAUGAGAUGAUAUGUUAUGGGGCAUUCCCAAAUGCGGAAACUUACAAUUUGUUAUUUCAGUUCUUAUUAAAGGGAAGAAAGUUAAGGGAUGCUUCAGCUAUCCUUGAUGAAAUGAUAAAAAAUGAGUUUAUUCCAAGUCAUGCUAAUUGUACUGCUGCAAUCAGGAUUUACAUUGAAAGUCAAGAUCCAAACGGAGCCUUAAAAGUAUGGAAAUGCAUGCUUAAAAACUAUGAUUCAGAUCUUGAAGAGACUGGUAAUUUCUUGAUUGUAUGGCUCCAAGAUCAGAAGAGGUUGCCAGAAGCUGUCAAAUAUGCUCACGAGAUGAUGGAUAGACCGAUCAAGUUGAAAAACUCAACUUUGGCCAAACUAAAACAUAGCCUUUUUGAAGUUAGAAAGGAAUCUAUGUAUGAUGAGCUAAUGGUGAAGUUCAAAUGUUCUGAGAAAUAAGUACUUUGGUGGUUUGUUGGUGUAGAAACGAAUUUUCGCUUGAUGAUCAUUUGGUAUGAAGGAAGAUUAAGAUCAGGUAUGCAUUCUGAUACACUGAUGUAAUGUCUGUUAAGUUCCAGUACAUAAACAUUUCCAUCUCGUUGGAAGGGGACAUUUUUUGGAGUUUGGAGACUGACGAAAUUGACAUAAAGAUAGUCAUCUUUAGUGUUUGUUUAUACAAAAAAAAUAAGAGAGAAUCACAGAGAAGGUCAUUUUUCUUGAUUGCAUUUCAUUGUUCUUCUUGAAGUAGAACAGAAAGAUCUGUUGUGGUAUCCGUCUCCUUCAAAUGGGGUUCUUGUACGUCCAUCGGCCCCCUUCUUGUCGUUUUUUGUUUUCCCUAUCGUGGAAGACUACAACUGCAAGAACGUACAAUUUUCUACUUGGCACGUCAUUUAGGGGAACUAUAAAUGCUGUGAUUCAUAUUCAGUUGUCCUGGAAACAAAGAUUUCCAGUUGUAGGCCCCCAUUUCUUCAAAGGUGUUUUUUUGGUAGUUCUUUCUCUCUUUUUUGCAACUCCCACCUCCUCCUGCCUGGUUGUAUUUCUCACCUUGGGUUAGGCUCCUGAAGAAGACAGCUUUUUUGCUUGACAAGAUUCAUGGGAUGUGCAGCAGUUCAAUCAUAUUUCCAGGAACUCUGUCAUACUGUUGAGGUUGCAGUGGAGUGGUGUUUUGUGAUAGGACUGAUAUUAGAGGGAUAUUAAGGGUAUAUUAGUAGUUAGUGAAGUCGUUAAUUAGGAAAGUUCGGCCACAAAUACGGUGAGUAGGAGAAGAUGAACAAUAUUUUGGAGUACGAAUUAGAGCUUGAGAGUAUCUCAAGAUUGAGAGGGCCUAAGUACCACAAAACCUUGUGUUUCUAUUAUCUUUUAUAUUUUUCAGUACAUCCGUGUUCCGUCAAUAUAUCUCAAUCAAAUUGAUAGAACCAAACUUCCUCCUUCCAUAUUGGUGUUUACAACCAAACAUCUUAAAAGAUUACUUAAUUAUUAAGCUAUCCUUAAUAUUCCUCUAAUACCAUUCCUAUCAUUUUGUUUCAUGCAAAAUGUUUUUGAGGUGCGAAGAUGGCUCUGCCACAAUUUUGGUGUUCAAUGAUAGAGGAUGUCCUCUUUCACCUGCCAUGUCAAGAUGAGAGGGAGGAUCUUUCGUGAGUCUUUAUUUUGCUUCUCUUCGAAGUUUUUUGCUUGAGCUGAAUUGAACAAUUUAUAAAAAUAAGAUGUUGAGAGGCUUUGAAGAGGUGUGGACUUUGGUUUUAAGUUUAAUACCUCUGCGAGUUUAUGCUUGCAAUGAGUUUUGUAAUUAUCUUGCAUUCCAGCCGACAAACCGUGGGUCAUAUUCUUCUUUUGUUGUGUGCUCACUCUAUUUUUUCUUCCUGCA